GGUGCCCGCCCCCCACCCCGAGCGAUGGAGGCGGAGGUGGACGCCGGCUCCGUGCUCUCGGGGCUGUCGGGCGGCGACGGGGCGGCCGCGGGACCCGCCGAGGAGGACCGGGAGAUGGAGGGGGCCCCCAGCUGCUCGGGGUCGCGCUCCGUCCCGUUCGAGUUCGAGCGGAGCCGCUCCGAGUCCAGCGGCGACGACGAGGAGGACGAGGAGGACGAGGAGGAGGAGGAGAUGGAGGAAGAGGAGCUCGAGGGGGAUCCCGGGGCCCGCUUCGGGACGGACGACGGGGAGCUCGACUCGGACGACGACCGGGAGCGGAUGAUCAACCUGGCAGAGUUGACCCCUUACAUCCUCUGUUCUAUCUGCAAAGGUUACUUUAUUGAUGCUACAACUAUUACAGAGUGUCUGCACACCUUUUGUAAAAGCUGCAUAGUGAGACACUUCUACUAUAGCAACAGAUGUCCAAAAUGCAAUAUAGUUGUACAUCAGACACAGCCCCUUUAUAAUAUCAGGCUGGACCGGCAGCUACAAGACAUAGUCUAUAAAUUAGUUGUCAAUUUAGAGGAAAGAGAAAAAAAGCAAAUGCAUGACUUCUACAAAGAAAGAGGUUUAGAAGUGCCCAAACCAGCUGUCCCACAGCCAGUUCCAGCGAGCAGAGGAAGACCUCGAAAAGUUCUGGGCUCUGUGUUCCGGAUCCCACCAGAACUUGACAUCUCAAUACUUCUGGAAUUCAUCGGAGCUAACGAAGGCACAGGGAAUUUUAAGCCUUUGGAAAAGAAGUUUGUGCGUGUUUCAGGGGAGGCAACAAUUGGACAUGUGGAGAAGUUCCUCAGAAGAAAAAUGGAUCUGGACCCUGCUUGCCAGGUAGACAUAAUAUGUGGUGAUCACCUACUAGAACACUACCAGACGCUGAGGGAAAUCCGGCAAGUCAUAGGAGAGAGUGCUGUACAGGAUGGCUUACUUGUACUGCACUAUGGCCUCGUGGUGUCUCCGCUAAACAUAACUUAGGUUGCUAAUACAUCAGAAGGUGAAAGAAUCCAAAGUCAUCAAGCUUCUUCACUGCUGUUUCUCACCAAAGAAGGCCAUCGUAUUUUCUGUGACAGGAAGCAAGUAAAAGGAACCACUGCUAACUGCUGUAUGCUUGUAAUUUAACAUCUGACUUUAUCACUGAAAAAAAAAAAAAAAAAAAAGGCUUCUGUAGGUACAGCUAUGGAUGUUGCUAUGCUAUGCUUUGUGUUAAAAAUGACUGUCUUAAAAUUUCACUCAGCUCAGGGACUUUAAACGCUCAGAGUUGCUGCAUUUCUUUAAAUACUUCCCAAACCACAAGAUCUCACAGGGUGAGCAGCCCUUUUCCUCUAAGCUAUGGGAUUUUGCUUACUUUCUAAGUGUCUAGCUAGAACAGUGCUCUCAGGGAUGAUCUUCAGUGGGCAGUAUGAUGUAUUCUGGGGAGGAGAUGGUCAUUUGGUGGAAAAAAGUGAAUGGUGAUCACUUGUCUUCAGAUGUGAUUUAGGGAGAAGGGAACUCUUGAAAUGCAGACCAAAAUAGGUAGAAAAUAAUGUAUCACAAACAUUUUUUCCAGAAGUAGCAUUAAAUUUACUUGUUUUUCUUCAAGAAAAACAAUUUUGUUUGCACUGGAGAUAGAUUUGCUGGUAGCUUGACUUAUACCAAAUGGUGGAUCGUGCAUCUCUACUCUUAAUGGAGAUGAGCUGGCUGUAAGCUGUUUAAACUAUGCAUGGAAAAAAAACAUAGCACCUCUUUCUACCUGCUUGCUGUAUUUACGAUAAUUACUGUCAGCUUGAUUCUGCUGUCACGUAAAAUCUGUCAAAUGACUUGACUAGCAGGAAUACAGGUUCUUUAAUCUUAGCACACAUCUUUCUAGCAGCAGUGAAAAAAUAGUAGCUUUUUCCACUCUUUCUAAUUCGUAUUAGUGCAGACCAGGUUUGAGGAUGUUAAAUAACAUAAUACGUGCCUGUUACUACUAUCAGAUUCCCAGAAGACAAUAGAUAUCUUUUUUUUUUUUUAAUUAACAUAAAAAUGCUAGGGUUUUGUGAUAAUUAUGAUAUCUCAAGUUCUGUUUAAGAUUUCCACUGUUUCUUGUGCAGCAUUAAGGAUCAGAGCUUUGUAUGUUACGGUCUUGCGCUCUCAGUCAUACAUGUGGGAGAGAUCUGUGAAAGCUGCUGUAAGGUACCAGGCUCCCUUGAUGGUCCAUGUAGUAAAGGGGGUGGAGAUUCCUUUGUAAGGCAUUUCAGGGUGCCUAAGUUAGCUCAAAUGCAUUUGCUCCCUGUCACAUUCACUGCUAUGCUGUCAACCUAGGAAUACUGGUAUCUUUUGUCUAAAGAAAGCUUUCAUGAAUCCUUCCUCAGGUCUUUACAAUAAAUGUUCAGUUUGCCUGUGAAGAUGACACCAUAAGAUAAAGUCUUAGUUGAAGUAAUUCCUGUGAUGCUCCUAAAAAAAAAAAAAAAAAAAAAAAAAAAAUUUAUAACUACGGUUUCCUAUUUUACUUUCAAAGUUUGUACAAAAUUAGUGUUUAAAAUGCAGCAGAAAAUGGGAUUAUUUUGUAAACACUUUGUGAGUUGUGUUGAUAAGAGAUUAUAUAUUGUAAC